GAGUUCAGCAGGUGAGCCCUUGGCCCGGAUGGUGGGACCGGGCCUGGGCUCCCACUGCCUCCUCCGCCUCAGCCAGAGCCUUCUGGCUCCCGCCCGGGGCUAGGGACCCUGGGGGAAACAAGUCCCUUCUUCUGGCAGGGAGGUGGAGCUACUCUCAACUCCCGAGCAGCUCCAGCCUCUCAGGAUCCGCAGUUUACAGUUCGCGAGGACCCCAGCUGCUCUUUUCCGCUACUUUCCCCUUUCCCAGGACUGUCAAUGGCAGGAUAUCAGCUCUGGUCACCAUGGACCCCACUGGACGAGAGCUUCCAAUGGCUGCGGCACACAACACCUACACCUUCCUCCAAGCACCCCUUUAGGGCCUCCCCCUGCUUCCCACACACACCUUCCGACCUUGAAGUGCAGCUGUGCUUUCAAGAGGUCACUCUGGUCCUAGACAGCUCAUUCCUGGAAACUGGAGUGAGUCCCAAGUUACCAUGCCACACAUCAGAGCUCCAAACCACAAACAACAAGAAAGGACUGGUCAGGAAGCCCCAGCCUGUUCGCCUCAGUGGAGUGGAUUCUGUCUUUGGCAGGGUCAUCACAGCUCAGCCACCAAAGUGGACUGGGACCUUCAGAGUUUCAGACAAGUCAGCCUUCUGCAAAAUCAUUAGCAAGGAGCAUCGGUGGCCCACUGGACUUAAGGAACCUCAGAUUCAGAUGACGGUGACCAUGUGCAAACAGAUGCUGCGUUCUAUCCUCCUGCUAUAUGCGACGUACAAGAAGUGCACCUUUGCCUUGCAACACUCCAAGUGAAGGGUCCCCAUUUGAUUCCCAGUUCUUCACACCGUGCCCUUUGGUAUGUGUCCCUGAAGCUUACAGAAACCUGUCCACACAAACAAAACUGUGACAUUGCCCCAGCCACCUUGCUUUUCUGUCAAGCGGUGACCACUUGGGAGCCCCUUCUCUCCCUUCCCGUCGAAAAGAGGGCCAGUGAUACAGAGCAAGGGAGAACACUUCCAUUGUAAAGCUGAACAACCAUUUAAAAGAGAGUCAAAACUAGCAUUCACAAGUGCAUGUGAUAAAGAACCAAUAAACAAACCAUAUAAACCAAUAA